UGCGCGGCGGCCCCGGGACGGGUGGCGGUUCGAUGUUGGCGUCGCGGGAAGAGCGGCUGCUCCGGGACUGGGAGAGAUUUCCAGCAUCUGCAGUUUCUUGCUUCAACAGCCGAUGCCACCAUUGAUUUGCUGCCAGGCUGAUGGAAGUAGCAGAUUCGGCAGUGGUCAGUCCAGUAGUUACUGGCAGCCGUCUCAGUCGGCAGGUAGAACUGAAAAAGCAUAUGAUUGACCACAACACCGAGGACUGGGAGAGCAAUGAAGGCUUUGAAGGGUUAGAGCGUGUUGGAGGAGUGGAUUUAUCUUUCAUCAAGGAAGAUGAAGUUAAUGCUUGUGCUUCGUUAGUGGUUCUCAGUUAUCCUGAUCUCAAGGUAGUCUAUGAGGAAUGCCGGAUGGUUUGUCUGACUGCCCCUUAUAUCCCUGGCUUUUUGGCUUUUCGGGAGACACCCUUUUUGGAAGAAGCUGUGAAAAGACUGCAGCACAAAGACCCGGGCCUUCUCCCUCAGGUCAUUUUUGCAGACGGAAAUGGAAUUUUACAUCACCGAGAAUUUGGUGUUGCCUGUCACUUGGGUGUCCUGACAGACUUGCCCUGUAUUGGGGUUGCUAAGAACCUUCUGCACGUGGAUGGUCUGGAAGAAAAGCAUCUACUGAAAGAAAAGAUCAAAGACCUUCAUGAAAGAGGAAACACUUUUACACUAACUGGAAGCUCUGGGAAGGUUUUGGGCAUGGCUCUUAAAAGCUGUGAGAAAAGCACUAAGCCAAUUUAUGUAUCUGUGGGCCACAGGAUUAGUCUGGACACUGCCACACGCCUGACUCAUUCCUGCUGUAAAUACAGAGUCCCAGAACCAAUUAGGCAGGCUGACAUAAAGUCCAGGGAAUAUAUUCGUAAAAAUGUUAACGCAUCCUGACAGUUGGAGUCACAGUGGUCAGAAGUUAAUCUUACAAGCCCAGAAGAAAGGACCUUCUCCCAAAAGACUGCCGAUUCUACCUCCAGAACCAGUUGCUUGGAAUAUGCAAGGGAAAGAAAGCCAUUAAUUUUCCAGUAAUUAUGUUUUUCCUCAGACUCUAAACAUGCUUGCUUGGGUCAGACAUCAACCAGGCCAAGGAUCACAGGUUGCACUUCAGAUUCUUAAUGUAUUUUUAACUCUGAAACCCCUUACCAACCAGUAUCGGUUGUGUCUACAAUGAACAUCAAACCAAUCACGUGGACAUUUAACUGUUUAACCAGCAUCCCUUGGUCAAAAUUGUCUUCAUCUUCUAUUUUCAACACAGACUGGUAAUAUUCUUAAUUUUUAUGUUUUGAAAUGUAACAGAGUAUGUAUAUUUUAAUAUAAUCUUUCUAAGUGCAUAUUGAAUGUGGGGUGGAUGGUCAAGGCUGCUA